GGAAGCGGAAGCGCGUUCAGCGCUCAGAUCAGCUCAGCCGGAAGUAACCUUGUCGCUCAGCCGAGCAACGGAAGUGGCUCUCGAAGUUGGCGUCCCGAAAACCGAGGCGGACUUACAUUUCUCCAAACAAAAAACCGCCACUAAAUUGUAUAGCAGCCUAAGCCACUGAGGAAAGAUUUCCAGAAUGACUGAUACUCCUGGUGCUGUUCCAAAUUUUGAAGAGAUGUUCGCCAGUAGAUUCACAGAAGAGGAUACAGAGUAUCAAGAAUACCUGAAACGCCCUGCAGAUUCCCCUCCAAUUGUUGAAGAGUGGAACAGUAGAUCUAGUGGUAAUCAAAGAAACAGAGGCAAUCGGUUGCAAGAUAACAGACACUUUCGAGGAAGGGAUGGCAGACGGGGUUGGCCAAGUGACAACAGAUCUAAUCAAUGGCAUGGAAGACCCUGGGGUAAUAACUAUCAGCAGCACAGACAAGAACCUUACUACCAUCAUCAGUAUGGACAAUAUGGUUAUAAUCAACGGCCACCUUAUGGCUACUAUUAAUGUUGGCAGCCAUCAAGUAAAACCAAUUACAUUCUCUUGUAACAUGUCAAAAGCUUGCCUGUUUCCUCUUUUUGGUCAUGUUUUUUAUAUAUGAUUUUGUAUAGAUAAUAUUAGGCAACUUAAGGCUGUCAUGUACAAAUAAACUAGAAAGGUGUGAUGGUAACUGGGAAUGAUAAAUCCUGUAGAGAAGUUAUGGACUGCAUUGUUCAACUUCUACCUCAAAUUCAUCUUUUUUUCAUAUUUUGUUAGUGCAUUGAAUUUCAUGUCUUUUCCAUGUAAGGCUGCCAGUAGUCAUAAGUUUGUAACACAGGCAUAAUUAGGAAUAGGAAAAUAGUUUGCCUUCUCUAAAACUUAAAGGAAUAUCUGUAAACAUGGAUAUGAUUAUUUCUGGAAUUUGGCAGACUUUAAUGAAGUAAUUCAUCAAGAGACAGUUAUAUUGGCUUGCAAAAUAUCAUUUAAGAACAGCUAAAACACAUUAUAAUUGAUUUACCUUUCACUUGACUUUGAUUUAGAAAUAAUAACUACUGGUGAAUGUCUAUUUUAAAAGGUCUGAGUUCUGUACUAGUAACAAAAGGAAGACAAGAAUAAAGAUGUGAAAUAAGCAAAGAAUUUUUAUUUUUGGAUUAAGUGGGUGUAGAUCUGAUUUUUUGCAUUAUAUUGUAGUAUGACUUUACUGGUGGGUGGCGGGCAGGAGAGAGAUUCUUCCCAUUCACUUAAAAACAGGAUUGAAAUUCAAUCACAUUGCAUACAUUUAAACCUGUUACUUUUAAUCCUUUCUUUCCAAUCAGUAUAUAAAACAUAACUCAA